UGUUCUAGAAUUCCUCAAAGAAAUUCUCACUCUCUCUGAAAUUAUGUUGACAGAAAGAAAAAACCAAGCCCUAAUUUUACUCCCUUUUUUUCACUGCAAAUUCAACCAUCCCUAAAAUCCUGCUAAACUCUCUUCAAUUCUAGUGUUUCCCCCCCAAAAUUUUUAUAAAAAUCUGUAAACAUUUCAUCAUAUAUAAAAAAAAGAGCAUAAAAUUAAGUUAGGGCUUUGAAAAAUGGUGACUACAGAUGCAGAGGUUGAGCUAAGACAACAGCUUAAAGAAGCUGGGAAACAGCUUUCAAAUCCCCCAUCUUCUGUUGAUGAUCUUUUACAUAUUCUUGAUCAAACAGAGAAACUUUUAUCUAAGGUGGACCAGUCUCCUAAUAGUUUAAUGCAAGACGCACUUAACCAACCGCUGAAGGCAUUGAUUGAUAAAAGUCUUUUAAAACACUCAAAUACGGAUGCUAAAGUUUCUGUCGCGGCCUGCAUCUGCGAAAUAAUGAGAAUCACAGCGCCGGAUGCCCCAUAUAGUGAUGAGGAAAUGAAGGAUGUUUUCCUGUUGAUUGUUUCUUCAUUUGAGAAUUUAUCAGACGAGUCGAGCCGAACUUAUGACAAGAGGAUCUCAAUUAUUGAUACUGUCUGUAAGGUUAGGCUAUGUGUUAUAAUGCUUGAUCUUGAAUGUGAUGACCUGAUUGUGAAGAUGUUUCAGCAUUUCUUGACAUCAGUAAGGGACCAUCAUCUUGGUAAGGUUUUUCUGUCAAUGAGAAAUAUUAUGGCUCUUGUUUUAGAAGAGAGUGAAGACAUUUCACUUGAUAUUCUGAAACCUCUACUAUCUAGCAUGAAAAACAACAGUGAGGGAGUCUUACCAGUUGCUCGAAAACUAGGUGAGGAGGUUGUUAAAAGGUCUGCAGAUAAGCUCCAACCUUGCCUUAAACAGGCACUUAAGAAUUUGGGUGUUUCACUUGACAACUACAGUGAAGUAUUGACAUUGGUAUAUAAAGGUAUAACGGAUUUUGAGCAUAACUAUGAAACAUCUCCAGUGGAUCCAAAGGCCGACACGUCCAAGCUUGCACCAGCAUUAGAUGAUUCGGCCCAGGUGAUAAGCAACGGAAAAAUUGUUGCUUCAUUAGGAGAAGGUUCAGAUGAUAAGGAGUCAGAGGAGACCAUUGACGAUCCUGAUUCUAAUCCGACUAGUUCAGUUGCUAAAAAGUCAGUAAAGCUCGUAUCAAAACCAGAGUCAACCUCCAACCGGAAAGGAAUGAAAUCAUCCGAGCUGGCUAAUUCUUCCCAUGAUGAUGCUAGAAGCAAAACUGGAAAAGCCACUGAUAUACCGCUUUCUGAUAGAGAAGAAGUAGAGACCGAGGCUGCAAACGUUGGGGCCCAAUCCCAAAGCAAGAGUCUUAUUAAGAAGGUAAUCGGAUCAAACAAAAAGAGUUCAGGUCAAACACCAUUAGCGAAUGUUAGUUUGAUGAUAGAACCCGAAGGGAUAAAAGACUCCGAAGUGAGGUCAGUCAAGCGUGUACGGAAAAAGACACCAAAGGCGGAAGAUAAUAAACCAUCAGCUACCAGUGGUUCAGAUGUUGAACCUCAGAAAAAAGCACCCGAAGUCACGAGUGACUCUGAAAUCAGGUCUCAGAAGCGGGCUAGAAAGAAGACAGCAAAGGGCGAUGACUAUAAACCUUCAGCUACUAGUGGUUCGGAUGUUGAACCCUUGAAAAGUACAAGUAAGAAAGUGGAUGCAGUUGGCUCAGAGUCGAAGUUGGGAAAAAGGUCUAUUAAGAAAGUGGGUGGUGCAUAUUCAAUGGCUAGCGGUGGCUCAGAUACCGAAAUUCCGAAGAAGUUAAGUAAGAAGUUGGACAUUGGUUCAGGGCCAAAGCGGGUCAGAAGUUCCGGUACGAAAGUCAGCGGUGAUUCAGUGGAUACUAGUGACUUAGAUGCCGAACUUCUGAAUAAGAAAGUUGAGACAGUUGACUCAGGGUUAAAGUCAUCAAAAAGGUCGACUAAGAAAGCGGUUGCUAAAGAAUCAGUUGCAGAUAAGGCUAAGCAGUCUGGUAAGAAAACUGAUGGACGUGAGUCGCAGGCAAAGAAGUCAAAAUCAAAUGGUGAGAAAGUGGACGAAGGGGAUUUAGAGGUCAAAUUACCAAAGCAAUCUGAUAGGAAAGGAAGCGAGAGUUAUUCAGAUGACAAACCUCUGAAACAGUCUGGUAAAAAGGGAGUGAAACGCAAGAUAACAACUAAAUCUAAUGAAGAUAUUUUAAAUGAAGACGAGGAAAGUAAUUCAGAUAAUGAACCACUUAAGGUGUCUGCAAAGAAAGACGAAAGUGAUUCGGACAACAGACCACUUAAGUUGGUUGUUAAAAAGGGUAACAAAAGCAGUUCUGUGGUCAAAUCUUCUUCCGAGAAGAAAGCUGGAAAGAAGAAUCAAGCAAAAUCCGUGGCUGAAGAUGACGGUAUGAAUGUUACAUUGAAAUCGGCGCUAAAGACCGCUACUAAAGGGGAAGGCAAGUUAAAGGAAGACCAUAAAAUUUCUUCAAAACGGAAGCAAUCAGAUGGCAAAGUCAAAGAAAAUACUCCUCAAUCCUCACAGGUUUCGAAACUUGUCGAAUAUGAUGAUAGCCUGGUUGGUCAGAAGGUCAAGGUUUGGUGGCCUAAAGAUAAGACGUAUUAUGAAGGUGUCAUUACAUCAUUUGAUGCUGUCAAAAGCAAGCAUAAGGUAUUGUAUUUGGAUGGAAUGGAAGAAAAUUUGGUAAUGAGGAAACAGAAAUGGGAAGCCAUUGAAGAGUACUCUGCUCCGUAUGAGGAGAAUGUGGCCGAAGUUGAGGAUCGAAGUGUAGAUGAUGCUCCUGAUACACCCAAAAAAAAGAUAUUGGCGGUAACUUUGGGACUAUGUGUCCCACAGGAGAAAUCUAAAGUUUCAGCCAAGCAGUCCGCUAAGAAAUCUAAAGUUUCAGCCAAGCGAGCUCGCGGGGCCUCUGUGGCUGGAAAAUCAGAAGUUCCAGCUUCAAAGUCUGGUGGUGGCAACAAAGAUAAAGAAGGUAAAGUCGAUAACAAGUCUGAGGCAGUCAUCUUGAAAGAAAGUGAUAAUUUAAAAGAAGCCGAGGAGACCAAGAAAAAGGAAGAGCGCCAAAACAUUGUAUAUAAAUCAAAAGGUAAAGGCAAAAAUAGAAGUAAAACUAUUGAAAAUGAAGAGAAAGCUGUUGCUAGGGAAGCCAAUAUGUGAAGUAAAAGUCUCUCAAGACUCCGAAAGUUGGAACAAAAAGCAGAAGAAGGUGAAGACUUUUGACGGGUAAUGGGUAUUCGACAAGCAUUGUGACAUAAUAGUUAGUUUUAAAGUGGUAAGUUUCAGUAGGUGUACCUAGAGUCGUGUUGAAGUAGGUAGUUAAUGCUUAUCAAGAAUUUAUUUUGGAAACUUGUUUUGGGUAGUUCUUGCAAAUUGUAGCGUUGACAUGCACUCCGUUUCCAACUCAAAAUUGCUAGAAAUAACUGGAAAUUAAGCAUUUUGUAUCAUGGCAUUUGAGUUGUGAAUGGUGUGGAACAUGUGAAAAAAGCCUCUAAUUUGGUGAUUGGUGUUUUGAACUUCUGAUUAUGAACUGUUUGCAAUUUGGUUUUCACA